CGGAGCGAGAGAUCAUAUCACUCUUUCAAUAUCUCUCGGUAAAAGAUCCUGUAAUACAACACAUGAAAUGUUUAACAUUCAAGUUGCAACAUCCAAUUCUCUAAAGUAGCGGAUCCAAGAACGAUGAAUACGUAAGAUAAUUCAGACGUAAGAAGUUCAUUUACAUUGAAGUUCUUUAAUAAAAAAAAAGAAGGGCAAAGCUAUAGCGACUAACAACGAUAUCCAAACUCAGGCGACCCAACAGAUGGAACUUUCCCAUAAAAACAGGAUGUAUGAAAAAUAUUUCGGAUGGAUAAGACAUGUAUCAGUAGAGCCAACUAUGUGGCUGUACAUGAUGGCGUUUAUGUUCACAUCGGUCAUAGAGCAAGAUUUGUUUAGAUAUAAAGCAUGUCGAGUGAAUCACAAUUAUUCUGAAGAAAUUUGUAGAAAUCUAAGUGAUGAAAUCAAAACCAAAGUACAGAUGACUGUCUCAGAAUUCCAUCAAUGGAACGAUAUUGCCGGACACGUGGUGCCUAUUAUCUUAGCAAUGUUCUAUGGCAACUGGAGUGAUCGACGUGGACGUAAAUUGCCGCUCAUUCUUGGUCUAACGGGCAAAUUUAUUUACUCCUUUAUGAUCGUGAUCAAUUCCAUGAUAGACACUUGGAAUUUAAACAUGGUGGUGUACACGGCGACUCUGCCGAUGAGCAUACUGGGUAGUGAUGUCGCAAUCUUCGGUAGCAGUUUCGCGUACAUAUCUGACAUAAGCUCCGUACAACAGAGAACUAUGAGAAUCACGAUCCUGGAUAUCGUUUAUCUCAGUACCAUGCCUUCGGGAGUUGCAUUUGGAUCGUACGUAUUUACACAUCUAGUUAACAUGUCCUACACGAUUAUGUUUGCUGUAAACACGACUUUGCUCUUAAUAGCGAUUAUAUAUUCGCUUGUGUGGCUUAAAUGGCAAACGUCACCACGACAGCAACCACUUUCGGGCAAUAAUUGGCUGCUAGACUUCUUCGACAUGAGACAUGUCGCUAUGACAAUGCGAACAUUGUUGAAGUCGAGGCUCAAUCAUGGCAAAUUACACCUGUGGUUGCUCCUGCUGGCGAUGUGUCUUUAUACAUUCCAGAGAGAUGAAAAGGCUAAGAGUCAGAUGUAUACCUCACUAAUCUUUAACUGGAAUGUGAUGGAUUUUAGCAAUUUUAAGACGUUCCAAUCGACUCUUUUUGUAUUAGCAAUGCUCAUUGGAGUGCCUAUCAUGAGUAAAUUAAUAAGAAUGAAGGACACUUUCAUCAUAAUGGUUGGAGCAGUAGCGCACGCAGCUGGAAGAGUAGUAUUUGUUUUAGCAAAUCAGCCAAAAUUAUUUUAUGUGGGUGCUACUGUCGCUGCGUUAGGACCAGUAAUAGCUCCAGUACUCAGAUCUAUGACCUCGAAACUUGUAUCUGUAGAGGAACGAGGGAAGGUAUUCGCGAUGCUUUCCGUAUGCGAUAACGCAGUUCCGCUAUUUAGCGGUAUUUUAUAUUCCCAACUUUACAACGCGACGAUAAAGACAGCACCAAACUCCUUUUAUUGGUUGACAUUUGCCACGCAGAUUGCUGUGCUUUUAAUAAUUCUAUUGAUUCAGUUUUCAUCAUGGUCCAAGCAUGCAACUGAGCAACAAGAUUACAUUGAUGUUGAGGUUGUGGCUCCAUCUCUUUCAAACACUACUAAAUCUAGUUCGUCGAGUAAUAUAGCAAACGAAUAGAGAGAUCGUACCUGCCUUACAUACAUAAUGCAUUGCUCAUCACAUACAUCGUUUUAUUCAAUGGAUAAUUUAU